ACUUUGAGAAGAAGAGCUGUGUGUGCCCCAAUGUGGUCCAGUGAGUACUCUGGGGUCCCUCUCAUGGGCAGGGAAGCUGAGAGCCCCAUGAGCUCUCCCAGCUUCCUGAAGGCACCCCAUUGAUGAGAGCUGACUGUGCUGUGCUUUGCUGACCGCAGGGCCUGCUCCCUGCCCCCGCCUCCAGGUUGGGGCUGUCACUAUGGAUCCGUUCCCUGAAUCAGUUACAGAAAACUUUGAGUACGAUGAUUCAGCUGAAGCCUGUUAUAUUGGGGACAUCGUGGCCUUUGGGACUGUGUUCCUGUCCAUAUUCUACUCCGUUGUCUUUGCCAUUGGCCUGGUGGGAAAUUUGUUGGUAGUGUUUGCCCUCACCAAUAGCAAGAAGCCCAAGAGUGUCACCGACAUUUACCUCCUGAACCUGGCCUUGUCUGAUCUGCUGUUUGUAGCCACCUUGCCCUUCUGGACUCACUAUGUGAUAAAUGAAGAGGGCCUCCAAAACGCCAUGUGCAAAUUCACUACCGCCUUCUUCUUCAUCGGCUUUUUUGGAAGCAUAUUCUUCAUCACCAUCAUCAGCAUUGAUAGGUACCUGGCCAUCGUCCUGGCCGCCAACUCCAUGAACAACCGGACUGUGCAGCAUGGCGUCACCAUCAGCCUAGGCGUCUGGGCAGCAGCCAUUUUGGUGGCAGCACCUCAGUUCAUGUUCACAAAGCAGAAAGAAAACGAAUGCCUUGGUGACUACCCUGAGGUCCUCCAGGAAAUCUGGCCCGUGCUCCGCAAUGUGGAAGCAAAUUUUCUUGGCUUCCUACUUCCCCUGCUCAUUAUGAGUUACUGCUACUUCAGAAUCAUCCAGACGCUGUUUUCCUGCAAGAACCACAAAAAAGCCAAAGCCAUCAAACUGAUCCUUCUGGUGGUCGUCGUGUUUUUCCUCUUCUGGACACCCUACAACGUUAUGAUUUUCCUGGAGACGCUUAAGCUCUAUGACUUCUUUCCCAGUUGUGACAUGAGGAGGGAUCUGAGGCUGGCCCUCAGUGUGACCGAGACAGUUGCAUUUAGCCAUUGUUGCCUGAAUCCUUUCAUCUAUGCAUUUGCUGGGGAGAAGUUCAGAAGAUACCUUUACCACCUGUAUGGGAAAUGCCUGGCUGUCCUGUGUGGGCGCUCAGUCCAUGUUGAUUUCUCCCCAUCUGAAUCACAAAGGAGCAGGCAGGGAAGUGUUCUGAGUAGCAAUUUUACUUACCACACGAGUGAUGGAGAUGCGUCCCUCCUUCUCUGAAGGGACUCCCAAAGCCUUGUGUCUACAGAGAACCUGGAGUUCCUGAACCUGAUGCUGAAUAGUGAGGAAAUAUUUUUGUUGUUGUUUCUUACAGGCAUAGAGUGGUGGACCCAAUGCACACAAAACCACCCUAGAGUGUUGUUGAGAAUUGUGCUCAAAAUUUGAACAAUGAACAAAUUGAACUC